AUGAUUCCUGUGGCCGGAGGUGGUGUCAACAUCGACCUAUUUAAAGAACCUCAGCCCGACCGUCGCACUCGAGGGCAAGACGCCCCACGAGGGUACUACAGCGACGCAGCCUACCGUUGCUACGAGCCGCGGACCCACAGGAUCGUGAAGUCGCGCGACGUCGUCUUCUUGGAGGACGACUUGCCACUGGCGCCGCGGAAGCUGCCCGUGGCCGAGAGGGGGGAGAACGACUUCCAUGUCGCCCAGGAGCCGCCCACGGACACUCCCCCACCUCCCAAAGCGAGCCCUGACAACCCUACAAUAAAGUCGCCAUUAGCCCAACAACCACCACCACUCGUCCAUCCUCCCGACCACCCACCUUCAGAGGGGGCACUAGGAACGCUGAAAACGCGCCCAGGAGCCGCCCAGCAAGCGCCGCCCGAGCCGCCUGAGCCCAGAACAAGCACACAAACAACGGCACCCACCCAGUUCACUCUCAGAAGGAGUGAAAGGGCAUGA